AUGGAUGGAAGUUAUUCUGCUGGAGGACUGGAUCUUAAUGAACCAGCAAAUGAAGAGCAAAUAGAAGAAGAUAUGUCAGGCAACAAGUCAAACAACCCAGAUGUAACAAAAAGUUCUGAACAUAGCAAGCUUGCAAGUGGGAGCAAGACAGGUGCAUCCGCUGACACAGAUACUCAAACAGGUCAAACACUGUCAACUGACGAUUCAGGAGAAGAAGAUGAUGAUGAUGAGGUGCAGUCAACACCAUGCAGCCAAGGUGAUGUCCAAACACCUUUCCAAGGCAUGAUGUUUGAUUCAUGGGAGCAAGCGAAGAUGCACUACAACAGAUAUGCUAAAAUGGUUGGGUUUUCAAUCAAGUGCAGCACAUCAAAGAACUCUACUCUAGAUGGACAGAAAGACAAGCAAUUGUUUGUUUGUAAUAAGAGUGGGAAAAAUGCAGACAUAAAUGAACUUGAAGCACCACCUGUUAGGCAAAGGAGCCGUAGCAUCACUAAGAAAACGGAAUGCAAAGCUAGGCUACGAAUAAAGAGGAGAGGCAAGAAGUGGCAUGUAACAUAUUUCAUAGAGGAGCACAAUCACAAGUUGAUUAAGAAGUUCUCCUUGAAGAAGUACUUGAGGUCUCAUAAGGGCAUCCCUAAGGAAGAAAAAGAUUUUGUCAAGCUUUUGCACAAGGUCAAUUUAUCUGCUGGUAGGGUCAUGCGUAUUAUGGGAGAAGUGUAUGGUGGUCUUGCAAAUGUACCAUAUGAUAGCAAGGACGUGAGCAAUUACAUGGCUAAAAUCGAUGAAGAACACGCCCACAAAGACAUGUCAAUGCUGCUUGCUCACUUUGCCAGAAUGAAGAAGGAAGAUCCCGACUUCUACUUCAACUUACAUACAGAUCAUGCAGACAAGGUUGACCGCAUCUUCUGGGUAGAUGGACCAGCAAUUGCCGCAUACAAGAACUACAGCGACUGUCUAUCAUUUGACACCACAUACAUCACAAACAUGUACAAUAUGCCGUUUGCCCCAUUCAUUGGGACAAAUAGGUACCGUCAAACAAUUCAGCUAGGUUGUGGUUUCCUAAAGAACGAGAAUAUUGAGAGUUUUGAGUGGUUGUUCAAGGAGUUUCUUGAAGCUAUGGGUGGUGUCUAG